UGAUAAGGCCAUCGCGCGAACAUUGAAAGCUGUCCAAGCUUGCAUCAAAUUUGCAGCAGAUAGUGCAAAAGGAACAUUUAGAGUAUCAGAAGAAAAGAGUAAGAUGGAUGGUGGUUCUGCUGGUUCUAAACCGAACAACGACGGCGAAACGAUCCCACUGAACAAACCAUCCUUGCAAUCAGGUGCAGAAGAAACACCUCUUAUUUUCGCUCACACCGACGAUCAUGGCGUGAGUCUGAGGAAGUCGGGUUUUGCAGAGAGCAUCAGAAAACUACGCGGAGCUACCAUGACAGUUUCGAUUUUGGAGAAGCCUUCGGAUGAUCGGAACGCGUCUGCUUGGCUUGCCGGCUGGAAUGUUACCAAUCUAAUUCAGGGAACCGGCAUCCUCGGCGUUCCAUAUGCCGUCCUGAUGGGAGGAUGGGCUGCUGUAGCUACAAUCGUUGCAGUAGCUGCUGUUUGCUGCUACACCGGCAAGCUUUUGGUCGACUGCCUGUACGAAGAUUCGAAGCGAACCGGUCAGCGAAAGCGGGUUCGAAUUAACUACCCAGAGGUUGGAGAAGCCGCUUGGCCAGGCUGGGGGAACAGAAUUGUCAGCGUUGUGCAAGUUUGCGAGAUGUAUGGCGGUGUAAUCAUGUACAUUGUGCUUCUUGCUACGGUAUUCAGCGACAUUUUGAACGAGCUGACACCCCUGGACAUCUAUCAGUGGGCAGUCGUAUGCGCGUAUGUUGCGUUACCAGGGAUCUUCAUAACGCGCGUUUCUGUAAUCGCUUGGAUCAGUAUGAUCUCCGUGUUUGCGCUGCUUUCUAGCAUCGCCACCAUUAUUAUCUACUGCAUCACUGAGUACCGCUACAUGUCCGUCUCAAACAUUCCUGGCUUCGACCCAGAGAAGUUUCCCAUUGGCUUUGGUAUUAUCGUGUUCAGCUACUGCGCACACGCAGUGUUUCCAGGCGUCGAGGGUAGCAUGAGAGAGCCAAAAAAUUUCCCUAUGAUGAUGAACAGCGCGUUUACCCUGGCCGCAGUAGUUAAGAUGCUGCUUGGUAUGUUAGCAGUUCUCAGGUUUGGUCAAACUACCGAACAAGUCAUCACAGUUAAUAUGCACAUCAGUCCAGUUUUCAACAUAGUAGCCACAGUACUUGUUGUCACUAAUGUGUUCCUGGCCUUCCCUAUUUGCAUGUUCGUUGUGUUGGAAACAUGGGAUGUAAAGGUUUUACCUUAUUUCCCGCAUCUUGGCAAGGAAACAGGUUACCACUGGUUUUGGUUGCUUCUGACCAGAAUCAUGCUUCUCACACUUGCCUUGUUCCUGGCAGUUAUUGUACCACACUUUGGUCUUCUGAUGGGUUUUGUUGGCAGUUUUACAGGCACUUGCCUUUCUUUUGUUUUCCCUUGUGUUUUCCACAUGAUCUUGAAAUGGAAAACCACUCCUUGGUACAGCAUUUUAACAAAGAUCUUUGUGACAAUAUUCGGGUUGGUCUGUGGUGGGUUUGGUCUGGUGUUCUCAGGAAGGGAGCUUGCAAAAGCUUUUUCUUUUGGUUGACUGUUUUUAAAGUUGUUCUAUCUCCUUGUUCCUUAGGUGACUAUGGAAACAAUCACACUGUGAUCAGUGGACAAUUAUUCAAAGAAAUUUUAAAAUUGAUUAUCAUUGUAGUGAGUUAUUUUCAUGUAAGUAGCUUGUCUGAGUUCAGUAUAACUAGUGUUUUUUAGAGAAGUCAGGGGCAGAGGAAGUGCAACAUAAGGCUUACAGUUGUGAAUCAAGUGUUGGGGACUGUAAAUACAACCAAGAGAUCAAGCCUUGUUUUUAGUCACAGCCAAAAUCCUUUCAUUUUACCUCUUAAAGACACAAUCAAUCGCUAUUUUUGAUUUUUGUAGGCAAAAAAAACAAACAAACAAACAAACAAACUCAAGAAUUAUAUUUUCCUGAGUGUCUUCCACUAGACCAUUACCACUAAGAAUCUCUCCCCAUUCUCUGCUUAGCAAGGGUAAUCUAAAAUAAAUAAGAAUUGGCUCUUUCUAAUUUUCAUCUAAGCGAUCAAAUAGCAGAAUUAACCCUUUACGCCCUAACAUCAGCAUGCAUAUUCUCCAUAUUGUUCUCCAUACAUUUCCCAAGGUGCUGACCAGGAGAAUUUGUUUAACAAUCAAGACCUUCUUUAGUUGGUGAUCAUUUCCCUUUUUCUCAUGACCUUACUACAUGAUUCAAGGGCGAUAUUGUAAGGAGGAAUUAGAUGCUAGUCACUCUUGAGGGUCAAAAGCUUAAGGAAAUGUCAAGGUGCAAUAUUUCAAUUGACUCCUAUGCUGUAUUUAAGAGGUGAUAUGUUUUUAAUUAAUUAUUCAUGUAAUUAUAUAUAGUCAGAGCUGGUCUUGUUCCAGUAAGACAAAAUUUGGUGUGAAGCUGGUUUGAUUGGACACUUUUAGUCAUACAUGUGACAAUGGUAUGAUUACAAAUUUAUAAUAGCUUCUACGUGAUUUUUUUAAUGCAAUCCUGUAAGAAAUACAGAAACCUAUUAAAAGUCUUAU